AUGGCGAAAUACGAGGAGAGCGAAAGAGAGGUGGAAAUAAAAGGGGACAACAAAGAAGCGAUGAAAAAAGAUCACAAGGAGAAAAAGGUAGUCGAUGGAAAAGAAAAGAAAAAUCAAAUAACAGUGCGAGUAGAAGAGGAUGAGAAAGACGAGAAAGUAAAAAUGGAUGAAAAGGAGAAAUCAUUGGGAAGAAAUAAAGAUACAAAAGAUAUAGAUUAUAAUAAAAACAGAGAUAAGAUAGACGACAAGAUUAUUGGAAGUUUGACGCCUGAAAUGGCUGAUGAAAUGAAAAUUCGAGGGGUUACCUUCUACGAGAAUCUCGGCAAAGGAACAUUUUCCAUUGUAAAGAAAAGUUGGUGCAAUGUGCUGGCCAAAAUGGUAGCUAUAAAAAUAAUUGAUACAAGGAAAGAUUUAAGAUACACGAGGAAAUGCUUACCACGUGAAAUUGAACUUGUUCGAAAGUUAAAGCAUGAUAAUAUUAUCAAAGUUUAUGAAGUAAUUGAAAGAAAACCAUAUGUUUGUAUUAUACAAGAUUAUACAAGUAAAGGUGAUCUAUUACAAAAAAUAAGACGUAAAAGUAAAGUUAAUGAAAGAGAGGGGAGAAUACAUUUCCGACAACUUAUUGAAGCGAUGAAGUAUUUAAAAUCAAUGGAAAUUGUACAUCGUGAUAUCAAAUGUGAGAAUAUAUUGCUUGAUUCAUGCGAAAAUGUUAAAAUUACCGAUUUUGGCUUUGCACGAUUGUUGAAAAUUGGCGAAAAAUCGAAAACAUUUUGUGGUUCACGAGCAUAUUUAGCGCCAGAAAUUAUUCGUGCUCAACCAUAUGAUGGAUAUCUAUCAGAUAUGUGGAGUGCGGGAAUUGUACUGUAUGUGAUGACAACAGGAAUGAUGCCAUAUGAUGAUAAGAAUUUACGCAAAAUGUUGGAAAGGCAAUUGCAACAUAGAAUAAUCUAUCGACGUACAACAGAAAUAAGUAUCGAUGCCAAACGAUUAAUAUUUGACAUACUUCAUCCAAUGCCACAGAAGAGGUUGACAAUUGAUGAAGUAAUAAAUUCCAAAUGGCUAGCUGGUGUGGAAUAUCGUAUCUUGGUCCAGGCUAUUAAUGAUUCUGUAACAACUGAUUCUGAUAAUAUUACUUAA